AUGCCGGGCUACGCCAAGGCUUCGAGCUGCUGCUACAUCUAUGAACGGAGUGGACUGACACUACUCUUCACGAUCUUCAAGCUGUUCAGCACAACCAAGCAGCUGUUCCCGCGCUCCAUUGCAAAGAUGAACGCUCAAUCUCUACUCCGCGCCAGAAUGGCAACCCAAACCAUCGCCCGCCGCGGCUUCUCGACCACUCGACCUCGAUUUGACAGCCCCUUCCACUACCCAGAGGGCCCAAGAAGCGGUCUUCCAUUCAACCCUAAGACAAAAUUCUUCUGGCUGAGGUACUGGACAUUUAUGACUGCUGGAUUCGGCGUUCCGUUUUUGAUGGCCAUCUGGCAUACGUACAAGGCAUGA